AAUUUCCAUUCCCGCGCACAAUUUCAAAUUAAGAAUCUGCAUUUUCCCUAGGGUUUUGACGAUCAAUCCCGUUGUCUUGUGUGGAAGAAUCCGGCGAUGUCGGCCGCCGAAAUGAGUACUCCGAUGGAUAUUUCGGUUCCCAAUCCCGUCCACGGCAAUGUACCUGACCGUGAAGCUGCCAUCUUUGAGCCACCGCUUGCUGCACCGUCGUCAACGCCUUCGGCUUCGCUUCCGACUCCACCUCCGUUACUGAACGAGGAUAAAAUCCUUGUUUCAGUUGAAGUUUUGUUGAAACCUUCAAGUACAGCACAGGCUGAUGAUGUCCGCGCAGCAGUAGAAAGAAUGCUGGAAAAGAGGAGCAUGAGCUACUCUGAUGGUCCAAUUCCAGUUCCAAUGGAUGAUGAUUUUCUAGUGGACAAUGUACAGCGAAUUUGUAUAUGCGAUUCAGAUGUGUGGCUGGAAAAACAUGAAAUUCUGUUAUUUUGGCAAGUCAAGCCUGUUGUGCAUGUUUUCCAGCUCAGUGAGGAAGGUCCAUGUGAGGAUUUAAGCAGUGAUGGCCAACUUGCUAGCUUUAAUGAAUGGAUUCUUCCUGCAAAGGAAUUCGAUGGCAUGUGGGAAAGCUUAAUUUAUGACUCUGGUCUCAAACAGAGGUUGCUACGCUAUGCAGCAAGUGCUUUGCUUUUUACAGAGAAGGGAGUGAAUCCUUUCCUUGUAGCAUGGAAUCGCAUCAUUCUGCUUCAUGGACCUCCAGGUACAGGGAAGACGUCUCUUUGCAAAGCAUUGGCACAAAAACUCUCCAUACGCUUCAGCUCAAGAUACCCGCAGUGCCAGUUGAUCGAAGUUAAUGCACAUUCCUUGUUCAGUAAAUGGUUUUCCGAAAGUGGCAAGCUGGUUGCGAAGCUGUUCGCCAAAAUUCAAGAAAUGGUAGAGGAAGAAAACAAUCUGGUAUUUGUCUUGAUCGAUGAAGUCGAAAGCCUCGCCGCUGCCAGGAAGGCUGCUUUAUCAGGCUCCGAACCUUCGGAUUCAAUAAGGGUUGUAAAUGCUCUCCUGACUCAGAUGGACAAGUUGAAGUUCUCGCCUAAUGUAAUAAUUCUAACUACGUCAAAUAUAACAACAGCAAUAGAUAUAGCAUUUGUCGAUCGAGCUGAUAUUAAGGCAUAUGUUGGUCCUCCAACUCUUCGAGCGCGCUAUGAAAUCCUUGGAUCUUGUCUGCAAGAGCUUAUGAGAGCUGGCGUACUAUCAUGUUCGGAGUCUCAAGUCGACGAACAUUUCAUUCUUCCAAGUUUUACCAGUUUGAAAGAGCACACGAAUACGGCUGCAGCUCCUUCACACCUCUGCAGAGAUUUGCUUAUAGCUGCAGAAGCAUGCGAGGGAUGGAGCGGACGAGCGCUCCGGAAACUUCCAUUCUUAACGUAUGCAGCUCUGGCGAAUCCUUCGGGUUGCAAACCGGGGAAAUUCUUGGAGAAAAUGAUCGAAACAGCUCAAAGAGAAUGCUCGGAGAUACCUGAAUGAACUGAAACUGCCUGCAGCAGUCUCUGUGAAGGUACGCUGUUGCGCAUUUUUCGGUUUCGGUUUCGAUUUCGAUUUCGAUUUCGAUUAGUAGCUGUAUUAGUUGAAAGAAAUUUGGCAUAAAAAAAAUGUUACAACAUUUUGGAGCUAUAUAUAUAUAUAUAUAGGCUUUUAGUUGAAUGGCUUAAUUUGAUCACAAGGUAGAUGUUAUGUAACUAAACUAAAAUCCUUCAGCUUCUUAGGAUAUACUAGUAUUUUGUCCUUUUUCUUUUUUUUU